AUGAACCCUUUCGAAUCCGCUGCAGACAGCAGCCCGGCAAGGCAAGGCCGCAACGACGGCCCUCCUUCACUGCCUCCCCUCACCAUCCCAGGCGGCGCGCGAUCCCCACCACCGCCCUUCCAUCCACAACAACCACUCCAACAUCACCCCCAGCCCGGUUAUCUCGCACAACACCCGCCGCAACACCAACAUCACCCCCAAUUCCCUCCGCCGCGCUCGCAGCAACCUCCCUUCUUCUCGCCUCCGCUUGAUGCUGGCGCCGCAUUGCCUCCAAACAGCAACAUGGCGCCCGGAGGCAGCCACCAGGCGUAUCUCAACCCCAACGGCCCUCCUCGCCCCGCCGGCAUCUCGUUCCAAGAGCCACAGCGCAUCCCCGCUCAGCGCUCCGGUCCUUCGCGCGAGUCGGUCAAGUCGUACGGCGACGACAAGCGCGGCCUCAACGACCCCAACAGCAGCACCACUGCCCUCAACCAGGUCAACACCCUCGAUCCCGAGUCCGGCUUCUCGGCACAGAAUGCCAACUUCCGUCGCAAAAAGUCGCUCGUCCGUCCCGACCGCGAGCGCAUGGACCCCAACCAUCGCCAGUGGUACUACCGCAACCAUGCCGCACACAUGGACGUCAUUGCCGGCUCCGGCGGCCGAUUGGGCUACAUGCCCUCCACCACCGGCCACCUCCCUCAGCACGGCGCCGCCCCGCACGGCUCCGGAAUGGCUGGCAUCGUCGGUCCCGGAGGCGGCCUCAGCGGCCUCGGCGUCACCGGCCCUUCCAACGUGCCCCCCGGCGGUCUCGGACGCGCGCCUCCCCUCCGUCGCGGCAAGUCCAUCCUCGGCAGAGACGAGGACCAGAUCGAGACCGGCAUCAACGUGCUCAAGCGCGGCGUCUCGCUCCGACGCAAGCAGUCCAAGUCCGGUCGAGUCUCCAAGGAGGUGCCUCGCGACCUCGGCGAAGGCAAGAGCUCCCGCAUCGCUCCCGGCCCCGUCGGCGCAUGGAUGAUCUACUGCUACGUCCUCACCAUUUGCUGCCCAGGCCCGUUCCUCCGCAUCUUUGGCAUCCGCACCCCCGAGCAGCAGCGCGCCUGGCGUGAGAAGAUGGGCCUCAUUGGCAUCAUCACCCUCAUCAUGUCCGCCGUCGGCUUCCUCACUUUCGGCUUCACCCAGACCGUCUGCGGCACCCCGCCCGACCGCUACACCCUCGGCACCAUCGACGUUGGCUCCAUGACCUUUAACGGAUACGACUACAGCUUUGACGGCUUCAUUCACCCGCAGGUGGGCCCCUUUGGUGCCGACACGAUCUACAACCGCACCAACCCCAUCUACUCGGAGCCCUGGUCCUCGGGUGGCCAGGACGGCAGUCUGCUCUUCCAAAAGAUCGGCGCCGCCUGCUCCAGCCUCAUCACCAACCGCGCCGGCGGCGGUCAGCCCGAGCGUUACUUUGACUGCACCCUCGUGCGCCAGGACGGCAAGGGCGGAUACGCCAACAACACGACGCCCAUGUGCCACACCGGCUCCAUCGUCAACCAGUUUAACGACGGCGGCGUGCCUGCCAACCGCGUCCUCCGCAAGCGUGGCCAGGUCUCGCUCAACUGGAACAACGUCACCGACACUACGCGCAACCUCGCCGUCUUCCGCGGUGCCGUCCUCGAUCUCAACCGUCUCAACAACCUCACCAACACGCUCGCCUACCCGGCGCUCUUUGACACGCUCAAGCGCCGCAACGACGAGUGGGCCGGCCGCGACGUCACCUCGGCCGUCAUGCGCCAGCGCCUCGACAACGAGUUUGCCUGCCUCGAACAGAUCACCCGCAUCGGCUUCAUCGACUCCGAGACCAUCGGCUGCGUCGCCUCCAAGGUGGAGCUCUACCUCUCGCUCGUCUUCAUCAUUGGCGUUGUCGCCAUCAAGUUCUUCAUGGCCGUCCUCUUCGGCUGGUUCCUCUCGUGGCGCCUCGGCAACUACGCCAACGAGACGUACGAGCAGCGCAUGAAGCGUGCCGCCGAGAUCGAGCAGUGGUCCGACGACAUCUACCGUCCUGCCCCGGCCGGAUACCGUCCCAACGCGCGCAAGCACAAGUCGUUCCUGCCCACCCAGAGUCGAUUCUCGGUCGCCGAUCCGCUCAGCCUCAAGAGCGGCUCGCGCGCUCCCAUGCCGCUCAGCGAGAAGCGCAUGACCCGUGCUGGCCGUCUUGGUGUCGCCUCGCCUCUGGGCGGCUCGCCGCCUGGUUCGCCUUCGGUCGCCGGAGGCCGAAGCUCCGCCUCGUUGGCGCCCAAGGGCGACCACUCGCGCCGUUCGUCGCUCUCUGGCAGCCCUGGCGAAGGCGCCAUGGGCGUCUGCCCCUUCCCUCUGCACAACAUUGUUCCUCAGCCUGGACCCGACUACCGACCUUUCGGCUUCCAGCUCGCUCACUCGAUCUGCCUCGUCACCGCCUACUCCGAGUCCUUCGAGGGCCUGCGCACUACGCUCGACAGUCUCGCCACGACCGACUACCCCAACAGCCACAAGCUGCUCCUUGUCAUCGCCGAUGGUAUCGUCAAGGGCGCUGGCUCGGACAUCUCCACGCCCGACAUCUGUCUUUCCAUGAUGAAGGACCUCGUCAUCCCUGCCGAGGAGGUCGAGGGCAACUCGUACGUCGCCAUCGCCGACGGCUACAAGCGUCACAACAUGUGCAAGAUCUACGCCGGCUUCUACGACUAUGACGACGAGACCGUCGAGCGCUCCAAGCAGCAGCGCGUCCCCAUGAUCCUGGUCGCCAAGUGCGGCACUCCGCUCGAGGCCGACAGCGCCAAGCCAGGCAACCGUGGCAAGCGCGACUCGCAGGUGCUGCUCAUGGCCUUCAUGCAAAAGGUCAUGUUUGACGAGCGCAUGACGGCGUUCGAGUACGAGUUUUUCAACAGCAUCUGGCGCGUCACAGGCGUUUCACCCGACAACUACGAGGUCGUCCUGUGCGUCGACGCCGACACCAAGGUCUUCCCCGACUCGCUUUCGCGCAUGGUCGCGUGCAUGGUUGAGGACCCGGAGAUCAUGGGUCUCUGCGGUGAGACCAAGAUCGCCAACAAGUCCGAGACCUGGGUGACCAUGAUCCAGGUCUUCGAGUACUACAUUUCGCACCAUCAGACCAAGGCCUUCGAGGCGUGCUUCGGCGGUGUCACGUGUCUGCCCGGCUGCUUCAGCGCGUACCGGAUCAAGGCGCCCAAGGGCCCGCACGGCUACUGGGUGCCCAUCCUGGCCAACCCGGACAUUGUGGAGCACUACUCGGAGAACGUGGUGGACACGCUGCACAAGAAGAACCUGCUUCUGCUCGGCGAGGACCGCUACCUGACGACGCUCAUGCUCAAGACGUUCCCAAAGCGAAAGAUGAUGUUCGUGCCUCAGGCGGUGUGCAAGACGAUCGUGCCCGACACGUUCCGCAUCCUGCUCUCGCAGCGUCGUCGAUGGAUCAACUCGACCGUGCACAACCUGUUCGAGCUGGUCAUGGUCAACGAUCUCUGCGGUACCUUCUGCUUCUCGAUGCGCUUCGUCGUGUUCAUGGAGCUGACGGGUACGCUGGUGCUGCCGGCCGCCAUCGCGUUUACGCUCUACGUCGUGGUGCAAGCCUUCCUGCCCAACGUGCCGACGCCGACGAUCCCUCUCAUCCUGCUCGCCCUCAUUCUGGGUCUGCCUGGUAUCCUGAUCGUCGUGACGUCGCGCAAGAUCGCCUACGUGGGCUGGAUGCUCAUCUACCUGCUCUCGCUGCCGAUCUGGAACUUUGUGCUGCCGCUGUACGCCUACUGGCACAUGGACGACUUUUCGUGGGGCGCGACGCGUGUCGUGCAAGGCGAGAACAAGAAGGACAACCACGGCGACGCCGACGGCAAGUUUGACCCCUCGCACAUUGUCAUGAAGCGCUGGGCCGAGUUCGAGCGCGAGCGACGCUGGAAGUCGGGCACGCACUCGCGUGAUUCGACGUACGAUGUGGUGCAGCGCACCGGCUCGCCCGAGAGGUCCGGCAGCACGCGCUACUCGGUCGUGUCGUCGGACACGUUCCACUCGAACCCGUCGGGCCAGCACGACCAGUUUGGCCGCGCGCUGCCCAACCCGUCGUCGUCGAGCGCAUCGCAGUUCGCGCCCGACGCCUCGGAGAUGUCGCACGCCAAGAGCGCCUCGGGUGCGCGGGCGCGGCUGGAUUCGGUGCCGCUGCUCGAGCUGCCGGCACCGCUGGCGACCGACGCCAAGCAGCGAUCGGGUGCUUCGCCACCAGGCACGGUGGUGGUGCCGCGACCGCGCGCCACUUCGCCGUCGAACCUGCCGCACAACUCAACGCACCCGGCGCUCGGCAGCGUGCACGCCUUCUCGCCUACGCAGCACAGCGCCGCUAGACUUCCGACGGCGCCGAGUGCGGGUGUCUACGAGGCCUACCCCCACACGGACAUCGCCGACGACGAGAAGCGACCGAUGAUCGGAUCGACGUCGAGCUCGCCCGAUCCCGAGCCGCGUCGGUACGUGGGCGCAGACGAGGCGGUGCGCCACGGCAACGUCUCGACCGAGCAGCGCUACCCGGCGGUGAGCGAGUCGGCGUACCCGAUGCAGGCCUAUACGGCCGAGCCCGAGUCGGAUGUCUCGAUGUCGCCAAGCGCAGCGCAGCAGCCCUUUGCUCCCUCGGCGGCCCUGCAGAGCCGUCCCUCGACGCGCGGAUUCAGCCUGGUCGACGAUGGUCCCGUAGCAAAUGCACAGGGUGUGCGUCAGGUCCAGCGCGGUGCGCGUCGCUCGCAGAUGCCCAACGCGGCCACAUCACCUUCUACGGCGACAUCGCCAGCGACUGGCAGCCGGACGAGCAACCUUCCGCCUGGAGCAGCGCCGCCCAGCUUCGAUUGA